AUGGCUUCAGGCCUUUUCUUCUCUUUGCUCAUUUGUCUGAGCGGCGGCCUCUUGACUGAAGCUACUCUCGACUGCGUCAAAAACGGAGGAAAUCUGGCGUCCUACCACUCGAAAGCUGAAUACGACACCAUCAGAGGGUUUAUCAAGACCGUGAUGGGGUAUGACACCAGUUCCUGGGUCGGAGGCUCUGACACAGCACAUAAGGGAGUGUGGUUGUGGUCCGAUGGCUCCGAGUUCAGCUACGGUAACUGGGGCAGCGGGACACCAAACCACGGCAAGCACAGGAACUGUAUGGAGAUCAACUAUGAGGAACGUGAUUAUGUUAAUAAUAUCAAGUGUAGCAAGAAGCGACCCUACGUCUGCGCCAAAAGCCUCCAAAUGUGCAUGUCCUGUUAA